CGAGCCUGUCAUGAAAGAUGGUGAGAACGAGGAAUGGAUUGGCAGCGGCGGUGGCAGCCGCUGAAGAGGAGGCGCGAGCCCUCAGGGAGCAGCUGGACAGGUCGGAGGCGGCGGCUACCGCCGCAGCCGCCGCCGCCCUCGCGGCCGACGCCAUGGAGGUCCAGGACUACGGGGUCGAGGCCGAGCUCACGAGCCUCUCUUGGCUCCAGUCCCUCGACAUCACGAGUGCCUCCGGGCUCCCAACGCCUCCCUGCUCGCCAACGCCACCCCCGCCCCCACCGCCGCGCCAGCAGCCGAAGAAGAUGUCGCCCUUGCUCAAGGCGCAGCUCGAUCUUGCGGAAAAUGGCGAAAAAUAUCUUACCGAUUGCCAUAAAAAGCCACCCUAUUCCUACGCAACGCUAAUAUGUUUGGCUAUGCGGGCUAACAAUAACAAAGUCACUCUGUCAAACAUAUAUGCUUGGAUAAGAGAGAACUUCAUGUUUUACAAGAAUGCUGAUCCAUCUUGGCAGAAUUCCAUCCGGCACAAUCUCUCGCUAAACAAGUGUUUUGUAAAGCUGCCCCGGUCGAAGGACGAGCCAGGCAAGGGCGGAUUCUGGAAACUCGACCUCGAGCGGCUGGAGGAGGGUAAACGCACGCGGCGUCGCAGUGCUGUCAUAAGACGAUCGCGAUUCCCGCCGAAUCGAGGGCCGAUAGCGGCUCCGGAAUCCAAGCCCAAGGAGGCCACCGAUCACCUGGCGAGGAUUUUAGGGACGGAGGCCGCAUCCGGGCCGAGAUGCAUCGUCCUUUACGAGACGCCGCCCAAUAGCGUCUCGCCGCCGAUACCCGACAGUCUGCCCGAGGUGCCUGAGUCCACGCAGGUGAACAUCAGCGAGGAAGACUUUACAGAUUUACUGAUAGAAAGCGCAGCCUGGGACGAUGGGGUUGAGAAUCAGCUUGCACUUUUAGAUUCUGUUCUUGAUAUGCUUUAACUUUCUCUCUCUCUCUCUCUCUCUCUCUCUCUUCCUCCCUCCUUCCCACCAUCACACACUCGCGCAGUAUGUUUUUAUUACGUUACAAAUAUGACUCGUUGUUUGUACAUUCUGGUAUAACAUUUGUCAUACAUGUUUCAAAAAUUCUGUAAGUCGAUAAGCCCCAGUAAAUGAAAACGAAUUAAUAAGAACGAUUAAUUAAAUGAUCAAUGACAUUAAAUUAAAUACCGUAAAA